CUAUGUCGAGCCUAUUGGCACGAUAGCUAGCCCAUUGGCCCACGCUCUCCAGGUGCUUGCCCAGAGUCGUGACGAAACCAGCCCAUCGUUGGACGGUUUCCUGGUCGUGUCUUUGUCCUUUGUGUCGAUGGCGGCUCCGAACUUCGCAGACACAGAAGAGAGAGGCGUUGUUGUGUGCGAGAUGUGUGUGUGGGUGGGUGGGUGGCGUGUGUAUACACAUGGUACCUUACCUGAUGUCGAUUCGCGCUGACGACCCUGACCACUGAGGCCACGGCUUUUUCACCGUCGUUGGUGACGGCAAACCUGAUGCACGUAGAGAUCUCAUGCAAGCGACAUCAGCGACGCACACAGCCAGAUGGUCGUCAUGUGGAAGGCACGAUGCCGAACUUCGCAGACACAGAAGAGAGAGGCGUUGUUGUGUGCGAGAUGUGUGUGUGGGUGGGUGGGUGGCGUGUGUAUACACAUGGUACCUUACCUGAUGUCGAUUCGCGCUGACGACCCUGACCACUGAGGCCACGGCUUUUUCACCGUCGUUGGUGACGGCAAACCUGAUGCACGUAGAGAUCUCAUGCAAGCGACAUCAGCGACGCACACAGCCAGAUGGUCGUCAUGUGGAAGGCACGAUGCCUCUCUGUUUGCCCUUGUUUACCUGGCUUUGCCAU